AAAAAAUAACUAGGUGAGCUUCAACAAAACAGUUAUGUUAAGUAUUGAUUGGUAUUGUUAAUCAUAAUUCAGUUGAUAGAACAAAAAAAUUUGUAUAAUAUACUCAAGUGAAUAACAACUGCAACAAAAUUAAUUUUGUUAACCGUGAUUAUUCUGAUAUAACCAUAUUCAUGAUUAAAAUAACACAUAAUUAUGUAGCUGUUACAAAAUAAAAAGUAAAUAUAAUAAUUGUGUAAACGUAGAUGAAUGAUUAUGUAGCAAUUACUAUUCCUUUUUGUAAAAACUACCAAGUGUGAUGUUAAAACUACCAACCACUUAGGGUACUAUCGUACUGGUAACAUAUGACAUUUUUGUGGUGGAGCUGAUAUAAUACUAUAGUUGAAUGAAACAUCUAUUAUGUUGUAUUUACUCAAUUAUUGUUGCAAACGUUUGUAAUUUGUAUAGUGUAUACUUUACAUAAGAAAAUGUUAAUGUUAAUAGUCACUAGUUGUUUAAACUCAAUGUAUUGUUAACUUUGAGAGUAAUAAUGUUGUACUCACUAUUGUUUGGUUGUAUUAACCAAACGAAUUGCGCCAAUAACAAUUGCGCGUUAAAAAUAACAUUAUUUGGAUUGUCCGUUACCUAGUUUUCGUUAUCUCUACAAUUAUGUGGAAAACCCAGCGCUGUGCUAAGGCUAACCACAAAAGACAAAAUUCAAACGAGUAAUAUUGUCCAUUGAGUAAACGACAAACACGUUUCACUGUAGUCACUUACUAAAAUUUUUUUACAUUUGACAUUAUUUUUUUUCCUGUUCUGUGUCCACAUCACUCGUUAAUCCACACACUACUUAAAUUGUAUUGCCGUUUUAAUAUUUUAUAAUAUUAAUAUACUAAUAUAAUAAUUAUGGCUGAUUCCGACGUCGUCGAUAUGCUUCAUGCUUGGGGAUUGUCAAGCUACAUUGAUGUUUUUAAAGAUCAUGGAAUAGAUGUAUCUUGUUUAAGUAUGCUUGACGAAAAUAUGCUUAAAGAAAUAGUUCCAAAAAUCGGCGAUAGAGCCAAGCUAAAAUCAAAUAUUAAUGAUUGGCGUAAGAUAUUAGAUAUGACCAAUGAUAAAGUAAAUUUUUUGAAUAUUUCAAAUGAUUACCCUCAAGAUCUAAAUAUAAGUAUUACACCACCAUUAACUAUUCCUGAAUUUGAAGAAAAUAUUUUAACUACAAACACUGAUAAUGAAUCUGUAGUUUUGGAUAGCGAAACAUCAACACAUUCUUCUAUAGAUAGUAAAACAGAUGAGGGUCUUCCACUACUAGAUUAUUUAAAAAAAAAUUCUGAAGGUCGUGCUAUUUUGGCAUCCAAUAAAACGACACUGGACAAUGCUGCCAGAAGAAAACUGUGCAGUAUUAUAGUAAGAAUGGAACUACAAGACGACCCAGAAAAACAAUUUAAAACUCCACGUUUACUGAGUCUUUCACAAGAAAUCGUUAAAAUUUUUCCAGGCGAACAUAUAAGUCCCAUGUUAAAAAAGUCUGCUAAAGGGAAACUUUUAGACUGUUUUAACAACAGGAGGAGGGAAUAUAAGAAAGUGGGAUUAAUUGCUAACUCUCCUAAGCAUACAGACCAUUCACUCCCAAAAUCAGCACUACUACUAGCUAGUACCCAACCAGUUGUUUAUACUGAUAGUGAAAAUGUUGAUGAAUCUUUAUCGUGGCUCCACAAUUCUUCUGACCCAUGGGAUCUUGUUGUAAAACAUUGGUCGAUUACAAGAGCCACACGUUUAAAAAAAAUUUUGGACUCAAAUUCUGAAGAGAUAUCCAUAGGUGAUUACAUGAAGGAGUAUCCAGCAUUACAAAAACCAGCAGGAUAUAAUCUUUUGAUUGAUGAUUUUAACUUCAUACAUCCUGACAAAAUAAACAGCCUUUAUGAAACAUUUCCAUUGUAUAAAACAAAAAUUUUAGAAUUAGCAAAAACUGCAUUGUUAAAAUUAAGAGACAAUACCAUAAAAGGAAUUUUGAAUGAACAUAUUGAUUUGUCAUUAGCAAGCGAAGAAGCAUCAGCUAUAGCCACGUUUUCUAUUUUGCCAUUUCUCUUCAGUCCAGCUUCUACCAAAAGAAAGAAAGGAAAAAAUAGUUCAUGGAAACCUUCGAAGAUUGAGAUGAAAGAUGGUUUUAUAACACAUUUAAAAUCCUACAGUGAAUUACAGGAAACAGUAACAAGAAGAAAAAACAAGUAUGCUCAACUUGGUUGCACCUUGCAGCCUUUUAUCGUAAUUGUAGGCCCAAGCAUCAAUGAAAUUGCACAAUUUUAUGUUUAUGUUGAUAACACUUAUUAUAUUCUAAACUCAAUUGUUGGGGCAAUUGAUUGUUGUUUCAAAGUUAUUCAUGCGUUAAAUUUAGAAUAUCCAUUAGAAUGCCUACAACUUUGGACAUUUAUUCAAAAGGUUUUUUUUAAAAUUAAAACUGUUUGGGACACUGAGUUUGUAUCAGUAAAUUCACUUAUAAGUGAUAUAGGGAUAACUAAUGUUUUAUAAUCAGUAUUCAUUAUUCCUUGUAAUUUGUAUUCAAUUACAUAUUAUGUUGUUCAAUAACUCUUGUAUUCAUUAUUCAUAUAUUAAUUUUUAAAUUUAAAUAAAUAAAUCAAUGUGCUUUUAUUACAUUUAAUAACAUCAUUCAUGAAGUUAUACAAUUGUAAUUUUUAAAUUUUAAAUAUACCUGUAGGUUCUUAAAACUUACAUUAUGCCUUAUUGUUUUAUUUGUAAAGAAAAGUCACCUAAUAUUGGGUUAUUAUGUAAACAUUUUAAGUAUAAGCACGCUAAGCAUGAUUUCAUUAAAUAUAUCUGUAUAGAAAAUCAUUGUAACCGGUCAUUUCAUUUAUUAAAUUCAUUUAAAAAACAUGUUGCUGCAACUCAUUACUCUCAAACAUCUAAACUUCCAAAAAACCUUUUUACGACUAGUUUUCAUAGUAAUGAAUUGGCAUCAUUUAAUAGUCCAACAAGUUUUGUCAAUACACCUACUUCCAUUGAAAUGCCACCUAUACAGUCUUUAUCGGUUGAUAACUUUAAUAAUCCUAA